AACCGUUAGAACAGAUUAACAGUGAUAUCAUGUUUGAUUUUCUUUCUAAGUUGACAGGCACUUCGGAUUUUUAUCGUUUCUCUAUCGACACGGUGAGAGACAAGUGUCUGCACGAGGUGUUGGUUGAUCCUGAACUCCAGGUAAAGAAUGGGACGAAGAACGUGUCUGUCUAUGAUAAUGUUGUGGCUGAGGCUUGUCUGAACGACUGCAGUGGCAAAGGAACAUGUACAAAUGGAGACUGUGUAUGCCAAACCAACUAUGGUGGCUCAGACUGUUCUGUUGACCUUACAACACCCCCACGGCUAUCUGAAACAGAAACUGUUGUCACGUGUGACAUGUCACGUGAUGCAUGUGACGUUGUGUCUGUGAGAGGCGAGACGUUUGUGGAUGGUGUAUCAACAUGUUUGGUUGAACAGAUCAUGGCUAAAGCAUCAGGACAAGAAAGCGUUGUAUCAACAGUUCGCAUGGCAACCGUGGUCAGCAUCAGCCAUGCUCAGUGCAAAGUCGUUGCCAGUGUCAGCACCGGAAGUGAGGACGUGGACUAUGUGCGUGCCUACCGGAUAUCGAUUGCCAACAGUGCCGGUAACUAUGGUGACAGUGUUGGCCUGAUUGUGUUUAACAGUACGUGUAUCAGAGCUGAAGGUGGCGAAGCAAAGUUCAACUGGACAGUGAAGGGCCCCUACUGCCUGGACAAAGGGUCCUGUGUGCCUCACGGAGCAAGACAGUCUGGAAACAACUGUCUGGUGUGUGACGUGUCCGGCAACAAGCGCACAUGGAAACCUGGAUCAGAGUCGAGAUGCCAGGGUGAGAAUGGACAGCUUCUUCUUAUCACUGUAGUUGCUUCUGUCGGGGGAGUCGUCGUCCUCCUGCUCCUCGUUCUUGCUUCGGUCUGUGCAUGCAAACGGAUCAAAAGAGAGGGGAAGAAUUUCUAUGAAGUGUGGAAAGACUCAUUAAAAUGACAAUGAACAUACUGCAUGGCAUCAUGAACUCGACCAAUCAGAAAUGCCAUUCAAGGUCUGUGACGGUGUCAGUAACAUACAUGACUUUUGUACAUUAUUUCACAGAAAGUCAGUAGAGCAGAGCAUAUCAAUAGUGAGAUAUUUAAAUCUUGAUUUCAACUGGAAUUGCUUUUAAAUGUUAUAGCUUAGCAUACAGGUUCCUUUGCGUUACAUAUUCAGUAUUCCUUCUUUGGACUAUUUUAAAAAAUAGUAAACAUCUAACAAUAGUGUGUACUUUCUGUCAAACUUGUAUAGAGGGUGACUUCAUAUUCUGUUUGUUGAUACUGACAUAGGUUUAGUACAUAACUCAUAUCUAUACCAAAUCCGUGUUCGGGAUUAUUUCUGUUCAACAAGAAGGAUGAUAGAAGGACAGCUAUUCUUAGGUCAUCAGUGUUAGUUCACCAAGCGUUUUGUUGGCGCGAAAAUCUUUGUAAUCUCACCACCACAGACGUCUUGUAUGCAACACACCUUUUGUACGUUUGUUUUGUUAAUGUUUUCUAAUAAAAAGAACUUUGAGCU